AUGAUUUGUAUUGAAUGUGGAAAUCCCAAUAUACCGGCUUUAUAUUCUAAAUACAAGAGUCAAUAUGUUAAAUUGACCGUUUGUGAAUCAUGCAACAAGAUUUGCGAUAAGUAUAUCGAAUACGAUGCCGUCAUUUUGUUUCUUGAUAUUCUACUUUUGAAAAAGGCAGCUUACCGACAUCUAUCAUAUAAUGUGACCGAAUGGCAAAUCAGAAACCAUACGGGUUGGAGCUUAAAGUAUCAAAAUUUGAUUCGAUUAGUCACUUUGAUUAUACUAUUUGAUGUGUACUUAACUUGGGCAACGUAUGAAAAGAGUCAAUUUGGUCAACAAGAUGAUGAUUAUGGGAUGAUGCAAUUGAUACUACGACAGAGUUUGAUUGAUCAAUACUCGUUUUUUAUUGCUGUCAUCAGUUUACGUCAUGUGAUAUUCAACGUCAUGAUGCAAUUGAUUUUACGAUGGCAGUAUGGAUUUGGAAAUGAGCAAAACACCGUGAUAUCUCGAUAUGAUCAAUGGGGAUACACAACUGCAGUACUUCUAUUAACAAUUAUGACGUCUGGGUCGGUAAAAUUAUUUCGUAUAUUGACAUUGAUUUGGCCGUACGAUAUUUCAAUACCAUAUCGAACAUUUGAUGUCAUUGGAUUCAUCUAUGUUAUUGAAGCGUUGCGUGUGGUGACAGGAUUGUCGUAUACGAAGGUAAUAGCAACGGUGCUGGUGUCGUCGUUAACGCUGUACCUAGCAAUCGCGUGGUUCAAGCAAUUUUUGUUAAGGUAUUUAAUUUGA